GAACGCGAAGUUCAUUCAUUCAUGGCCAUGCACAUAUGUAGUCAAUCGACACACACAUGUAAGAGGUCCACACCCACCUUCCCCUCACAGCUGUGAGUCUGUACAGCAAUCACCCCAGCAAGUACUGUAAGUGAGUUUCUCCCCCCGCUCAGCACCGACCAGCGGUAGCGGAGCAGCCCUCGGCGCACCCGGCAAAGCAAGAGAGGCAAAAACAGCAAGCAGCCAUCGACGCAACCAAGCGAUGGCUAGCUCGAUGCAUCCAUCAAUCACGGCACAGUGGUGGAGAUGCAUUGGCUUGGGAUGGUGGGCAGGUCCAUCUCUCCGGCGAUUCGCAGGUUGGUGUCGUACAUGAUGGCCAUGGCCUGGUAUGUGGCCCACACGGCGAUGGCCAGCAGCAGGAACAGCUGCGGCCGGUCGAUCAUCAGCUGACGCGCACUGUCAUCCAGCUGCUCCACGAAGUUCAUGUGUGAACGGCCGCUGUCCUGGCGGCCAAAGGUCACGGCGUCUGCACAACACACCACAGCACAGCAGAGACACAGGUUUGUCUGUUUGUCUGUCUGUCUGUCUGUCUGUCUGUUGUGGCCUUGUGCGUCUCGCCAACCUUGCCCCCAUGCAGUGGGCCUCGCUGCCGAAGGGGAGCUGUCACUGCACCCCAGCAGUAAGUUGAAUAUGCAGACACAUCUAGCUAUGUCCAUUGACGAUGUGCGAAUUAGGUUAGGUACCUUGACGAUGCGAAUGAAGCUCCGUAUGGAUCCUGUGCGUCGUCAAGGUUCUGGCCGAAGAAGCCGCCGCCCCGCCACUCUGCCGGCAUUAUCACCGCACUCCCCCGCAUCUUUCGCGUCUGCAGACACCGCACACCGGCAGAAAAAGGGAGACAGACACGUGACAGCGGGACACACAACGCUUUGUCGACAUAUGUAUUGAUUCUUCACCUGUAUCAUCCUGACGAGUAUCAGGCCGACAUAGACAAGGACCAUGAAGAUGACCCCCUGCAGGACUGCAAAGCGCCUCAGGUCCUCCUGCACCCUCCAGCCCUCCGCAUCGACCUUCCGGCAAUCGUUGCGCAAAAGGACGUCAUCGCCGUCAUCCGUUGUGGUGGUGGGCGGGGCCGCCAUGAGGUUCACCAGGUGCAGCAUGGGCGUGCGGAACUUGCUGUUGGCAUCGCCACCGUAACACAGCCAGGUCUCAAGAGUCACCAACACGACCGGAAAGAUCGCCACUGAGCACCAGGCAGGCAGGGCAGGCAAGAAAAGAAAUUUGUUUGACCAGAUUCAAGGAUGCAGAUAUAUGCUGCUCUUGUGUGUGCGUGUGUCUGCGCUGACUUGCGUGCUGUGCGAGAAUGUGCGCUUGGGCGAUAUGGAAGUGGUCCAUCCUCCGGUCCUCGUCCGUGUCAUAGGCACCGAACCAGCCAAAAGCCGACCGCAUUCGCGACAGGAACUGGCCCCACCUCCCCUGCACCGCAGCGCACACACAGCCAUCCCAUCUAUCUAUCGUUGUUCACAGCCUCUGCCUGAUUUGGCUGUCGGUGCUUGCCUGCGGUCUGACGGUGGCGUCACAGAAUCCGAAGCACGUCCGUGUGAGCAUGGGCAUCGGUGGGCAGAAGUAGUUGUUCAUCCUGCACGUGUUCCAGCCGGCCAGAGAGGUCUCGCCGAUGUCGUCACCCAGACAUCCGUCGCGAAUGAUGUUGCGGAUCAGUAUGGCAAAGGACAGCACCCAGAAGGCGGCUGACGGCCGCACACUCACCUCCGUCACCCUGGCAGAGAAGACAAUGGGACAUUUGCUCUAUCUAUGUGUCCCUCUCUGAUGACAUACACGUGUCUCGGCUUACGGUGGCCGCUCUGCCUCCACUGCGGACGGGUCGGUGCUCACUCUCGGGUCCACAUCCACGUCAAUGGCGAGGGCCACGGGCGGCGAGCACACCACCCACAUGGCCAGCAGGAGGUCGCCGAAGUACGUCACGCCCACACCCACAGUGGCCGCCACUUUCCGCAUGAACAGCGACCGUCGGCUGAGCCUGUUGAGUCCCGACCGUAGGAUGGCUUGCAGGAUGAUGAACAGCACGAAGGUGAGGAAGAAGUAGCCCGAGAAGGUGGUGUCCCGCCGCUCCAUGAUGAACCAGUCGUGCUUUCGGAAGCCGGGAAGCCGGUCAACCAAGAGGUCAACCCCCAAAGUAUAGAUUUCGCCUGCAGGGGAGGAGGGACACCAACAUUACAUUGUCAUCGAUACUUUGUCGUGGUGCAUCUUCAUUCUUCUGUACCGACCGAGAAGAAUAGGCGUGACAGCGAUGACAAUGAAAGGCAGAAGGAAGAGUGGCGUGGGGUCCCGCAGCCUGCCCAUGGACUUGCCCGACCAUGUGUACGCCCCAAGCACCAUCCACAGUGUGAGGAAAAAGAGCCCCACCCACACGUUGCCCGACAUGCCCGACAGAUCGGAUACCGACACGUCCUCCCCCGGGUCGAGAGCACCGAUGAUCGUCCCCUCCAGCCCCCUCAGCGCGCAGAAGCCGCCCACGCCCGGGAUCAGGAAGAUCGCCACAAAGAUGCACCUCUGUUGGAGGUGUUUCUUUGCCCGGUUUGGGUAGACUUGGUGCGCCCAGAAGAAGUAGACGGCCAUGAGCAGCGGCAGGGUGACAGCGAGGAGAGACGGCUGGUAUAGGGGGAAGUCCGACAUGGCGAUCGACAGGCCGAUGGACACGGCACCGUAUGCGACGACCAGUGCGAGGGCGACGCCGAGGAGUGCCCAUGGAGGAGGCGGGGCGCCUUCCUUCCAGAGGUUGAUGUAGAAGACCAGCUGGGUGAAGCACGCCAGCAGCAGGAAGUCACCGAUGCCUUGCAUGAGCUUGGUCAGGGUGUCGAUGGUGGUUCUAGCGUCCUUUUCAAGCACCACGGCGCCGUCGAAGAUGGAGGUCCAGAGGAUGAUGGACACCAGGACGAUGAAGGUAGUGGCAAGCUGGACGCGCGAAAACUUGACGUGCCUGUAGCCGCCCUGCAGGUACAUGCUCAGCUGAGACGACUGGGAGAGAGACCGGGAUGGCCGGCCGCUGCUGGCACUGCUGCUAUGUGCAUCAGUUAUCGCCCUGACAGUCAGUCACACACACACACACAAAGAGAGAAAGGAGACAUCAGGCACUCGUGCCACCAACAGCUGCACCCCCCGCUCACCUCUGUGGAAUGCUGAUGACAACAGAAGACCGCUCCUUGCUCUCGGCGUCCACCGUGCUAACACUAACAAUCGCCCUGAAGGGGUCGACCGCCACCACCUCCGCCGGUUCAGCAGCACUGGAAGGGCUCUCCUCACCGAAUUUCACCGCUUUUCUCGCAGCUGUGCGCGGGCUGUCGGCCGGCACUACACCUGGCGGAGGCAGCAAUGACGCACCGUAGCUGCUCGGCGAACGAUCUUGUCCCGCCUCCUCGAGCAUCUCUUGGGCCGUCUCGAGAGCAGACGGUCCCUCUGUGCGUGCGGUGGGUGACUCCUCGCCGACGGAGUCGUCCAGCAAAGGGGCGGCGUCUUGGUGGGGCGCGCUUGCGAGGUGCUCCUCAGCCUCCUCCUCUUCAGGCGGGGGCUCUCUGUCUUCUGCCUCUUCUGCCUCAACGUCCUCCUCGUCGUGAGGCGCACGAACAAAGGGGGUUGCCUCAACACCUUCGUCCUGAGUUGGCUCGGCCUCGGCUGCAGUGGCCUCAGCAUAAGCGUCCUCCUCUUCUCCAUGACCGAUCUCCUGGCCCUCCUCGAGCUGGCCCAUCUCCCUCUCAGCAGCGUCCUCGCGCUCGGCUUCACCAUAUGGCUCCACGUCCUCUUUCUCACCACCAGCCGCCCGCAAUAUGUCCUCAACAGUUUGCUCAGCCUCGGCAUAGGCCAAGGCAGAGUCUUCUAGUGGCGGUGGCGGAGCUUCCCUCUCUUCGUCAGCCUCCCUUUCAACAUGGUGUGGUUGUUCCCUCUCCGCUUCUGCCACCGCCUCGCCCGCCCCCUCCCCCACCCCUGCGAUUUCUUGAUCAGCAGGCCUCGGUAGCCCCUCAUCUACAGGCCCCUCUCCCUCAAACGUCUCAGGCAUCCCCUCAGCGCCGUGCUCCACGACAUCCGUCUCGUGUGGGCGCGGAAUAUCGCUGACGGGCUCCAUCUCUGCUUCGUGUGGAGCCGGUUCAGCGGGCUGCUCGGCCUCGUCGGCGGGCUGCUCAGCAACGGGGAAGUCUUCAUGAGGCUGCUCCCUCUCCAUCGUGUCUUCAUCGACUUGGGGCUCUUCCCCUUCAGGCGGCUGCUGCACCUCCCCAACUCCCUCUGCCCCUCCUUGCCCUUCUUCCUCUUCCUCCUGCUGCUGCGGUUGUUGUGUGUCUUGCUGCUCCUCUUCAGCGGCAGCGUCGCCUCCUCCAGCCUCCACAGGAACCGUGCUGGGCUCGUCCAUUUCUUCGCCGUGGGGCUCUUGCCCCUCGGCCGCCCCGGCCUCGUCUCCUUCAGUUGCCUCUGGGGGCUGCUGCGAUUCGGGAACAGGCUCCUCGUCCAUUAUCAGAGAGAGGGGGAAAAGCGAC